AUGGCACCAAGAAACAGUAAGAAAGAGAAGCUGGAGGAUAGAGUCGAGAUGGUGGAUAGUGUAGUGAUACCUGCUGAUCCAGACGAUGGAGAAGGCAAGGCAGAAAGUGACGACGGAGACAGCGACAACGGGGAGAGUGCUGCAGGGAUGGACGAUCGAGAGGAUGAUGAGCAAACGCUGGUCCAGCAUGAAACGAAGAAAAAACCUACAAGAGUGCUGAAAACCCCCGAAGAGAAAGCUGCCACUACAGCGCGUGCGGUAGCUGCAGCAGAAGCUCUCUUGAGUGACCGUUUUGUGUGGAAAGGUGGCAAACCAGAACCCUUCGAAGAUCUAAGACGGGGGCCAAAGGAUGAUUGGGAACAAUCCACGGAUGAAAGUCACUGCGAUUUCGUCAACCGCCUGCAUAGGAAUUGGGAAGAACUCGAACAGAAGACGCGAAGCGAACUCAUGGAACUCAGAAACUCUCAAGCACCGACUCCCAUCGGCGAUGACGGAGAAGUUGAAUACGUCGAUGUCGAAUGGAAGGGUCGGGACAUUCACUGCGAAACCUUUCUCAAAAUUGACUUGAGUGACCCAAAAGAUGGUUUCAAAUCUAGCCAGAUACUCAACGAUGUCGACCUGAAAAUGGCGGAUUAUGAUGAGUCAAUGACCCAGGAGAAAAGAAUCAGGACGAAACUCGUCAAAUAUCUAAUAGCCUUAAAAGCAACGGAAGCGAAGCUCGCCACGGAAAAGGAAAUUAAGGAGCUCAUUGAAUCAGCAUACGAAACAAUGGGCAGCCGCGAGCGAGACCAAUGGGAGGACUGGAUCGCAGACGGAGAAAGAGCCUUGGAAGGGGAGGACGUUGAAGGGUUUCCCAGAGCUAGAGGCCUCUACAAGAAACGCUAUGCUGCCGUCACUGAAAGCUGGGAAAGCUGGGGAAGCGGGGCCAAGGAGUGGACCAAGGAUAAGAAAAUGAACAACGACCGCAAUCUGUUUGCCUCUGAUUCGACGAAUAACAUCCUUCGCAGGCCCACCGUGGAUGGCAACGCGAGUGCGAUCUACAUUGCCUUCGACCGGAACGACAAGAUCAUCGCUUUCCUCGAUCCUCAAGGCAUCCCGUGGUCCUACGAUGACGACGUCCACAGGCGCAUGAAAGACGACUCGCACGAAUUCUACUCGAAGAUAAAGGCACCCAACCCCAAGAGCAACAAACGCCACAUCUCCCAGCGGGAACAUCUGAGAGACAACGCGGCACUCAAACCGUACUGGUGCGGCAGCGAUCACUACGGCCACUGGCACGCCCAACAACACACCCGGGAUCCGAUCCUCGAAACCGGCGACUCGCACAAUCUCAACGCGACGCAGAAACAGCUCUUGCUCCAGUUCCUCCAAGGCACGGGCGGGCCCAUGACCAGGGUGCUGGAUUUCUGGUUCGGGGUGUGGGAACCCGAGCUGCGACGGCGCUACCGCGACAUCUACGCCCAGUCGCCCGAGUUCGCGCGAUUGCCGCCGGUGAACGAGGACCAUCCCGAUACGUACAGUCUGCGCGUCAGUGUCUGCAACCGGCCCACGGACGAACAUCGCGAUCAGAUGGACAUCAGAGGAGGUCUGACGGGGCUUGUGCAACUGGGUGAUUUCAAAGGAGCGGCGAUGUGUAUCAACAAGCUCGGCAUCGCUCUCGACGGGUACGGCGACGGCGCCGUGCUGCUUUUCAGAGGCACCGAGAUGAAACACUACAUCUCGCACUGGUCGGGCGCUUAUCGCUACGCCUUUGACCACACGACGCACCAAUCGGUGGAGGACGCGAUCAAGGAACACGAGAGGACCGAUAGGUGGGGACCGAAAAAGGACUCCGCGACGCCUAAAGCUCCCAAAGGCGGCAGGAGGACCAAAAAGGCCGACGACGGGGACGACGGAAAACCGGAUGGUGGCGACAAGUCCGGGAAACCGCAUGGCAAGACGAGGAAACGCCCGCGCGACGAAGAUGAGGAGGAGGAGGGUGCUGCUGCUGCUCCCGCGCCUAUGAGGGGGGGGGAGGAGGGCGGUGGGGAAGGGGAAAAGGCAAGGCAGGGCGGCAACACGGAAGAGUGGUCGGGUUGA